CGCGUUUAUUAUAUGUCAGUGGUUACAACUACAAACAUGAGACCCCCCGUCGUCCCUGACCACUGGAUUUAGCUGGACUGAGCUGGACCGCAUCAGCUGGUAUCAGCUGGAUGUGUUUUGCUUUGGCACAUCAAAUCUGCGCAAUUUUCGAGGUCUCCACGUCCUAGAUGGCUUGUGGUCUUCUCUUCUGGCGACAAGACCCACUCGCGUUGCGCAGCACCAGGAUCGAAUCUCGACAUUAAAUCGAGGCCUUCACCUACUGCUGCGAAGGACAACUGUUUCGCUGCGACCAGGUCCUAAAUGUGAGACUCCUUCGAUUUGUCGAAGCCAGAUUUACAGGUUCCGAAGCACGAAAUGAUGCCUCAAGUCGAUUUCAUCGAGGAGGAAGAGGUGGUCGACGUAACCGAACGAGUCAAGAAAAUGUGUUCGGAUGGGAAAGUAUGCGUCGCAACUUCUAUGCCAGGAGUUUUAGAUACCGGUCCGCCGGCAUGGUUCAAGGAUUACAUGGAAACGUUCAAAAAGGAUAUCAUGAGUGAGGUUACCAAAAAAAUAGCAACUGUCCUGACGGAGACAUUGAACAAGUCUCGGUUACCCUUGGCUUGCACAAACUGGGAGUACAGCAGGUAUCCUAGCCAUUCGGAUUUUGAGGAGAACUACCAAAGUAGGAAGAAGAAAAAGGUGAAAAAGAAGGGCGUCGUCGCCAAGGAGGAAGAGUCGAUGAAUUCCAAGAAGUUAAAACGAAUUGCCCAAAAAUCAAGGUUGCGUUCCGAGAAGAAGAAGUGGCGUCGAGACCUUUCGCAUCCCAAUGGCCUUGAAAAGGAUCUGGAUGCAUCGGAGUCUAAUAACAGCCUGAAGGGAGACUCCGGUACGAUGCAACGAUGCAUGGUUCCUGAGUCCUAUCCGUUUGCAGUACCGUCAACUGUCAAAGAUGAUGCGUUAACUAGCGAUGUAAAUGUGCCCAACGGCAACAAGCUCCGUAUGAGUUGCUCCAUUACUGGAAACAAGCUCGCAGGUAUGCCGAUCAUCGCAGAUGGGGACUUCGAUUACCCUCCGUACAGCGAGAACCUGCGCACCAGCUGUUCCACCAGUGAGACCGAACCACUCGGACUGCUACAUUCCAUCGACACUCACUUCGGGUACCAACCUAUCAGGGAAUCUUCCCAAAGAGAACAAAUGGUCAGUGACUUUUCAUCGAAUACAGACUCCGACUUCGGAGCAAUGUCAGACGACAAGACCCGAAUGAAGUGCUCGAUAACGGGACAUGACAUUCACUUGGAUCCCGUGACAGCUGUCGAUUAUGAGGAUGCAUCGGACAGCGACAUCAGCGUCAUCUCCCACGUAAGUCACAGAUCCGACUCGAAUCAAGAGGGCAACUUUGAGGUUAUACCAAUGCCGUCAUGUAUCAUAAGUAAGCCUCUAGAUCGUUGUGAAUCGCAGGCUGCUAAACCCAUGGAGAAGUCUCUUCAGGAUCAGCCUCGGACUGUCAGCCCCUGCGAGAGGGAUUUCAACUUUGUGUCCUGUGGAGAUGACAGUGACAUCGACAGCAACCGAGACUCACCAAGCUUCGAGCUCCUGUCGGAGUCGACUUCUCCAGCAGUCUCCCCUCAAGUUGCCUCAACGGAGGCCAAAGCUCACCCUGGAGUGAAGGAUCUCGAUAAAUGCACCUUGAGCGUCAACUUGUUGGACUUCGGUGACCCGGAGCCUAAAACUACAAGAACCGGAACCUGUGCCGACAAACUACACAAUACCGAAGACAAAGUGAGUCUCCGGAGCGAAGCUCCAGGAGGAAUCCUCAUUCCUAUCGAAAAGCUCAAGCUGUCCAGCUGCUCCGAAAGUGAAGUCUCUCAAGAAGUCAAGACCGAAGAAGCAGAGAGAGGCGAAGGAGGAAAUAUAUCCACUAUCUUGUGUCCGGAGAAUGAUUCGAAGUCGACUACUCCUUCUACCGCAGGCAACGCUUCGAAGUUCAUACCGGAGAACUACCGUCUGGUGUUCGGUGGUGGUUCGUAUGUCCUUACGGAGGUCCAAGAUGACGCCAACCAAAGCUCCGAGUACGUAUUCAACCCAAACUUAAUCUCGAUUGACAACUUGGCCGAUGAAGUUGACGCCUCCUCGAUGGCUAACGGAGACCAUGAGACAAAGAGGGAGAACGAGUCCCCCGAGAGAAACCCCUGCACUCAAAAGACGACCAACACCUCCUGCGUUGCUCGCCCCCAUAAUCCGGUUCCUGAUAUCGAUGAUGAUUCCUUCGGACUUGUCAACAUCCUACCCGAAGACAUUCUCAACGUGGCGCUAAUUCCAGUCUCUCUUUGGUCAACCUUCCGUGGGGUUGUGUUCAGGAUUGUUCAUGCCCACACGAAUGCCCGAAGGGAAUGGAUCUUGACCCGUGAAGAAUAAGAGUAAACCCAAGGACAAGGACGUCGGCAUAAUGAUUUUCUGCUCGUGCUGCUACAAAGCUUCCGAUCGAGUAAACCAGGACCACUUGUCGAGUGAGCGAACAGUAAGAAAGAAAAAGUGAAACGUCUUUCAUGCUGCUUUAUUCCACCAGGUUUCAAUUAGUGAUCGGUGUCCUUUCUAUUCAUGUCGCUACGUUACUUUCUCCCUUUUCUGUUAAGAUAACCUAAAACUGGAAACACUUCAGGUUUGUCGGAGUGUUAUUCAUUAUGUUUCAAAAUUCCUCGCGAUAUCUGCCCUCUUCUCUCCGAGUUUUGUCGAAAAUAAAUGUAAAAAUAUUCCACCCAGUGGUUAAUAUUUAAAAGAAAGGCACCGUUGAAGAAAUUCCAUAUUAAGAUUUACUCUACGAGGGACACUGUAAAUGGGGAUUAAUUGUUAAAGUCAUUCGACAAGUGGACUUGGUCCCCUCCGAGACAGGCAUAAAUUUGAAACGUCUUCAGAAAAUGCUUUCCAUGCCGUAGGCUGUGUUAUUAAAAUUAUUAGACCGUUAAGGAACUCAUCGAGUCAGGCUGUACGAAGCGAAGAUUAAUUUUACUCUUCGAUGAAUGGGUGUAGUUAAAUGCAAACCUGUCCCUUAGAAUCUACGACGUUUAAGUAGACGCAAAGCGUGUUCUUUUAGCAAAUACCCGUUUUUAGACAAACAGAGCUAUAGUCUUUUAGACGAUACAGUGAUAUCGAUGUUACAUUGUUCUCUUCGGAAAGCGUAUCUCAUCUAAUAGAUAAAUAAAAAUGUCCCAAAGCGUCAAGAUAAGGAGACUCUUCUUCUUUAUCUAAUAAAUAUUUUUAGUACGAAAUUAAAUAUACGCUUUCGAGUUAGAUCACAUUAAAUAAAUAAACUCAUGGCGUAGAUGGAAAUAUUAAUAACGUCCAGUUGUGAAAUUAUUCUUGCGCAGUUGAAAUAAUUACAUGUAAUGAGCCACGAUGGGAGAAAUGGAACGGAGACUAAUUAAUUAGGAUUAGCUAAGUUCCACUCCCGGAGGGGUUUAUACGGUUCAUUAGAGUACUUAGUUUAAUGGAAAUUAAUGCGUCCUUAGGCGUCCUUCGAAAUUGUAAUUAGAAUUUAGAAGUAAUGCCCGACUAAGUGCGCGUAUGCUAAUUAUGCGUACACGUAUAAUUCCAGAAUUUAUCUCCGUCUAAACAGGAUUUGCGAUUUUAGGAUCAGGCUUUAAUAGGAGCACUUAUAAUGGAAUAAGCAGACGCAUAAUAAUAGAAAUAAUUGUUUCUCAUUGCACAAUUACCCACUGAACAUUCUUAUAUAACUGUUAGGUAAAUGUUAAGUUUCCGAAGCUAAUGUGUUACGUAGCAUAAAAGUAACGUAGAAGGUGGAUCUGCCUUAUUAUUACCCCUCGAUAAGUUAACAUGUUACGCAACGUGUUAUAUCAAUGUUAUAGGUUCAGUAACCUCAAAAUAAUAUUAAUUGUUUGAAACACUUAAUAGAAAAAUAAUAAUGUAAUAAAAUAGAUGACAGCACCGAUGUAGUUCUGUUUCGUUACAAAUAUGUGCUGCGUAUACACAGCAAUAUCAGGACGAUACCAUAA